AUCACUCGACACAAUCAGUGUACUGUACUGUACAAGCAUCAUUUGAAAGCGGUUCAACUAUGUGCUUAACAGCUUCACUUGGCCUUUUGGCAGUGUUUCUUCAUUCUCUUCCAGCGGUCCAGGGUCUUGAAGGCAGAUCCUGGGGAGGGACCUACCGUUGGCCUAAGAUCUGUGCUCUGACAGGGACAACAGUGGACCUGCGCUGUACCUUCAAUUACCCGUCAACAAUAUCCGGCCAAGAAACCAGUGUGGAGAAGACAUUAUGGUUCACCCGAAAAAAACAUUACCCUGACGAUCUGAGUUCGGACCCUCAGUAUGCUGGUCGUCUUCACCAUGACUGUCACCGCAACGAGUGCAAUUUGUCAAUCACUGAUCUGAGAGAAAGUGACUCGGGCGUGUACAUGUUCAGAUUCAUAACAAAUUCUAUAAACGCAGAGGGCUACACGGUUAUGCCUGGGGUCUCUCUCACUGUCACUGAUCUCAGUGUAGACUGGUACGGAGCACAAACAAAAUCUCUGAGCUGUGUCAGCAAUUGUAGUCUGGGGUCUUCAACUUACAUCUGGUAUGAGAAUGGAGUGGAAAUCCAGAAUGAAAGCGCAAAAUUCUACACACCAGCAUAUACUAACUACACAAGCAGCUACUCUUGUGCAAUGAAAGGGCACCAGAAUCAUGUGUCUCCUCCAGUGUGUGUGUCCCACCCUUGUCACAAGGUACAUUACAGCACGAGAAGCAUCUGCGCUCUCAAAGGCUCAUCAGUGGACAUUAACUGCAUUUACAGCAGUUAUGAUGAGGUCAAGUCAAAAUUUUGGUUCAGUCCAGAUCUUAACCACACGUGGAUGAAUGCAUCUGUCACUCAGGACCUCCAGUUUGGCCAACAGUAUAACCCUCGUGUUGAGUUCCUACAACAAUCAGCUUUACAAUCCACUCUGAGAAUCAAAAAUGUGACGGAGCGUGAUUCUGCCGAGUAUCGUUUUAAAUUCAUCACACAAUAUUUUGAUUGGAGGAGUAAUCUACCUGGAACGAAACUGACAGUCGCAGCUUUGGAGGUGCAGGUGAAUGCAGUCAGAGUGGAAGAUUCUGGAAUGGUUGCUCAAAUGUCUUGUCUCACGAGCUGCAGACCGUCAGGUGUUUUGUCUUUCUGCUGGUCAUUGAAUGGACACCAAGUGCUUUGUGACCCAUCCAACAUGACCAAUUACGUGGAAAUCACUUUAAAUCCGGGAGACUAUGUCACCUGUGCUGUGGAAGAACAUGCCUUAAGUGUCUCUCCUCGCCUGUAUGCUCUGAGUGUGCCCUUGGUGUCAUUGAGUGUUCCUGGCGAUAUUCUCGAGAGUGAGUCGCUGACUCUGAACUGUAGCACAAAUGCCCCAUUAGUUGAACAGCGCUGGUACAAGAAACUCCAACCUUUCGGCUUUCAAAUCAUGAAUGACCAACGAGAGCUGGUCUUCAGCUCCAUUAGGUCUUCAGAUUCAGGAGAGUAUUUCUGUACUGUGGAGAACAUUCUGGGAAACCAAACAUCGGAAUCUGUCAUGAUUGAUGUGAAAUAUGCUCCAAAGAAUUCCUUUUUGUGGGUGAGUCCAUCAAAAGUCAGAGAGGGCUGGUCAGUAAUUCUGGUCUGCAAAAGUGAUGCUAACCCAGCCGCAAACUACACCUUGUACAAAGACCAUGCAGUACUCCAGGAAGGGGAAAAAAGUUACAUUGUCAACUCCAGCCUCUCAGAAGAUGCUGGAAGCUUCCACUGCAAGGCUGAGAAUAAAUAUGGACAUAAGAACUCUUCAUCGGUGUCCAUAAAUGUACAGUCUAUGAGUAUACCCUUGGUGUUAUUGAGUGUUCCUGGCGAUAUCCUGGAAGAUGAGCCUCUGACUCUGAACUGCAGCACAAAUACCACAUUAGUCGAAUACCGCUGGUACAAGAAACUCCAACCUUCAGGCUUUAAAAUCGUGAAUGACCAACGAGAGCUGGUUUUUAGCUCCAUUAGGUCUUCAGACUCAGGAGAGUAUUUCUGUACUGUGGAGAACAUGCUGGGAAACCAAACAUCGAAAUCUGUCAUGAUUGAUGUGAAAUAUGCUCCAAGGAAUUCCUCUUUGCGGGUGAGUCCAUCAAAAGUCAGAGAGGGCUGGUCAGUAAUUCUGGUGUGCAAAAGUGAUGCUAACCCAACCGCAAAGUACACCUUGUACAAAGACCAAGCAGUAUUCCAGGAAGGGAAAAAUAAUUACAUUUUCAACUCCGUCCGCUCAGAAGACGCUGGAAGCUUCCAUUGCAACGCUGAGAAUAAAUAUGGACAUGCGAUCUCUUCAUCAGUGUCCUUAGACGUGCAGUAUGCUCCCAGGGAUCUGAGGACAUCUGUGGUUUUGCCAACAAAAAUGGCGUCGAGCCGCUUGGUGACUUUGACCUGUAGCAGCGAUGGUAACCCGGCUCCUGACUACAUGUGGUACAAGGGCCACCAGUCCUUGCCAGUGGCACGGGGUCACAACCUCAGCAUCGGGCCUGAGGAGGCCGGCACUUACCAGUGUUUAGUUGUAAACAAGUUAGGGUCUCUCCAGGCCGACUUGCACGUGCAUGCUUCAGAAUUUGCAGCAAUACCGACUGUGCGCCCAUCUUCUGAAUUUGUAGUAACAUCAGCAACAAACCGAAACAACAUCAUUAGGUUGAGUGCGGUGCUAGUGCUCAUGAGCGUGGUGGCCCUCCUGGCCCUCUUCAUAAGGAAGAAGACGUCUUCCUUCUCCAGAAUACAAUCUAACGAGCUGCGACAGCCAGGAGAGUACUACGAUCAGGACUAUGAUAAUGUCUACGCUGAAGUGCUGACAUGCCAAAAUCAACUAGAGGAACAAGAGGACACGCUGUGAAGAACAUCUUGAGUUUGUUAGUUUAAAUUUCAAAUCAAUCCGUGUGAUUGUUUUAAGACAUUUGUACAGUAGAUGCAUUUCUAUCACAUUCUACUCUAAGUACUUGUUGUUUCAUAAAUCAAAAACGUUUUUUCGCCAUUGUGCCUCGAUAUUGUGAUUUCAACUUGAUAAGAGGAUUUUACCACUUUGUGUAGUCUUUUUCUAUUUAAAUCUAUAUUUUGCUUUUAAUUAGGGAUGUCAAAAUUAUCGCGUUAACGCGCGGUAAUUAAUUUUUUUAAUUAAUCACGUUAAAAUAUUUGACGCAAUUAACGCACAUGUCCCGCUCAGACAGUAUUCUGCCUUUUGGUAAGUUUUACAGCAAGGCUUUUUGUGCUGUUUAACAGCGAACUCUUGUGGUCGCUUUGCGACAUGGUUUAUUGUUUUCUUGCCAGUUCAAUAUGGCUGCACGACGUCUCGGGCUGACGCCUACGUUAACAUUAAGGCGUCGUUCACUAGCUGUCUAGCUUUGGAAAAAGUAGAUGCUUCGGAGUGAGGACAGCAUAGACAGAUUUAAAUGACAGUAGAGUGAAAUGCCCACUACAGUCCUUAUGUACCGUAUGUUGAAUGUAUAUAUCCAUCUUGUGU